GAAAGUGAAAGCAGAUGUUGUACAUGCAGUGUUUACACUUGACCGCAAGAUUUUUUUCAUUUUGAAAAACUGAUCAUCAAACUGUUUUUAUCAUUUGCUGAUGUGGGAAUGUUCAUGGACCUAAUGGGAAGCCAAGGACAUAUUGAACUUGUCUAGUAGCUGAACAUUUUGAUCAAAGCAAGUCUUCUGGUGUGGAGCACAAAGGCACUUCCUUAUUAAUCCGUGAGUUGGUGAAGGACGAUGGUGUCUGUUAAAGAGCUGCUCAUGGACUCACUGAAGGAGCUUGUAGAAGCUGAACUAAAGGAGUUUCAUUGGCGCUUAAUGAGUGCAUAUCAUAAGCUUAUAUCAAAGUCUGAAAUGGAAAAGGCAGAUAUAUUCGACACAGUAGAUAAGAUGGUGGUGUGUUUUGGACCAGAAGAAGCCGUGAAGAUCAUGGUGGACAUCCUGAGAAAGAUGAACCAAAAUGAUCUGGCUGAACAGUUGGAGAAUGAACACAAGCAAGCUCAGGCUGAGGGCAAUCUGAAGACAUCUGUCCCUUUUGGAGAGCUGCUAAACUUCUUGGAAAUUCACAAAACAAACAUGAAGAAGAAAGCAGAAUAUAUUUUUGAGGGCAUCAAAGAUGAAAAUGAAGCACAACUUAAGGCUAUUUACACAGAACUGUUCAUCACAGAGGGAGAUAUGAAAGCUGUAAAUCACGAACAUGAGAUUCUGAAGAUCGAUAAUGCUUUCAAGAAUAAAAAAACACAUGACAAACCAAUCAAAUGCAAUGAUAUAUUCACUGAACUGAGGACAAACCUUGAGAAAAAGAUUGUGCUGACCAAGGGAGUCGCUGGCAUUGGAAAAACUGUCUCUGUGCACAAGUUCAUCCUGGACUGGGCAGAAGGAGAAGCCAAUCAGGAUAUACACUGUGUGUUCCUGCUUUCAUUCCGAGAGAUAAACUUAAUGACAAAUGAAGAUUUCAGUCUCCAUGAGCUUCUGCUAGAAUUUUAUCCUGAACUGGAGGGCAUGGAGAAAACAAAGUUAUAUAAGGAAUGUAAGUUUGCAUUUAUAUUUGAUGGACUUGAUGAGAAUCGCCUGCCUCUGAAUUUUAAUAGUAGGUCUUCGAACACUGUUGAGAAAAAAGUAUCUGUAAAUGUGCUGUUUACAAGUCUGGUGAAAGGUAAGCUGCUUCCAUCAGCUCAUGUCUGGGUGACAUCACGACCAGCGGCAGCCAAUCAGAUCCCUUGUCGGUAUGUGGGUUUGUUCACAGAGGUGCGAGGAUUCACUGACCAACAGAAAGAGGAGUACUUCAGAAAGAGAAUCACAGAUGAGAGUCUGGCCUCCAGAAUCAUCUCACACAUUAAGACGUCUCGUAGUCUCUACAUCAUGUGCCACAUUCCUCUGUUCUGCUGGAUCACAGCCACAGUACUUCAGAAUAUUCUCAUUGAGAACAAUGCAGAGAACAUCAGUACAACACUCACUGAAAUGUACAUUCACUUCCUGCGGAUACAGAUGAACAUGAAGAACCAGAAGUACGAUGAACAAGAAGAAGGAGAAUGUACAGAGCACUUGCAGUUAAAUAGAGAGAUGAUUUUAAAGUUAGCCAAGCUAGCAUUUGAACAACUGAAGAAGGAAAACAUUGUGUUUUAUAAGGAAGAUCUGAAAGCAUGUGGUAUUGAUGCAAGUAAAGACACAGAGUUCACAGGAAUGAUUGCUGAGAUCUUUAAGAAGGAAGUUGGACUUUAUAAGACGAAGGUCUUCUGCUUUGUGCAUCUGAGUGUUCAAGAGUUUCUCGCUGCAGUGCAUGUGUUCAUCUGCUACCUGAACAAGAACAUGCAGGAGCUUCAGUUUUUCUUUGAUGAGCCGAAACAGAAUGUCACAUUGCAGGAGCUACUGGAGAAGACUGUUGAUAAAGCAAUGCAGAGUGAGAAAGGACAUCUAGACCUGUUCCUGCGGUUUCUGAUGGGGAUUUCAAUGAACUUCAGUCAAAAUCUGCUCAAAGGCCUGAUCACACACACUGAAGACACAACAGAGAGCAUCACAAUAAUAACUAAAUACAUUAAAAAAGAACAAAACAAGUACAAUAUCUCAGAUGAAGCUCUAGUCAACCUAUUUUACUGCUUACUUGAGCUCAAAGAUCAUUCAUUAUAUGAAGAAAUAAAGAGCUACCUCAGUUCAGAUGAACAUCCAGGAAGAGACCUCUCAUCUUCAAUGUGCACAGUGCUGACCUACAUACUGCUGAUAUCAGAGAAGGUGCUGGAUGAGUUCAACCCGAAGAGGUUCACGUCGUCAUCUUCAAACUACACAAAACUCAUUCCAGCUGUGAGAUGCUGCAGAAAAGCCCUAUUUGACGGCUGUGGUCUUGAUGAAACAUGCUGUGAAACUGUGUCUUCUGCUCUACAAUCAUCAAACUCCCAUCUGACAGAGCUGUACCUGAGUAGCAAUCACCUGCAGGAUUCAGGAGUGAAGCUGCUUUCUGAUGGACUGAAGAGUCCACACUGUCAUCUGAACAUAUUGAGGCUGUGUGGGUGUAAUCUCACUGAUCAGUCCUGUGAAAGUUUAUCUGUAGCUUUACAGUCCUCAAACUCUGUUCUGAGAGAGCUGGACCUGAGUAACAAUGACCUGCAGGAUUCUGGAGUGAAGCUUCUUUCUGAUGGACUGAAGACUCCAAACUCUAAGAUGGAGAUACUGAGAUUUUCCUUAUGUAAUCUCACUGCAAAGUCUUGUGAGAGUUUGUCAUCAGUUUUACAAUCAUCAAACUCCAUCCUGAGAGAGCUGGACCUGAGUAACAAUGACAUGCAGGAUUCUGGAGUGAAGCUUCUUUCUGAUGGACUAAAGAGUCCAAACUCUAAACUGGAAAUACUAAGGUUGUCUGGCUGUAUGGUGACAGAGGAAGGCUGUCAUUAUGUGUCUUUAGCUCUGAGUUUAAACCCGUCACACCUGAGAGAGCUGGAUCUGAGCUACAAUCACCCAGGAGAUUCAGGAGUCAAGCUGCUCUCUGAAAAACUGGAGGAUCCAAACUGCUCACUGGACAAACUCAAUGUGGAUCAUGGAGGAGAAUCCAGGAUUACAGCAGGACUGAAGAAAUAUGCCCGUUUUCUCACACUGGAUCCAAACACAGCAAACAAGUAUCUCAUUCUGUCUGAGAUCAGAAAGGUGACAAAUGCGGACAAGCCACAGCCGUAUCCUGAUCAUCCAGACAGAUUUGAUUCGUUUCAGGUGUUGUGUAGAGAGAGUGUGUGUGGACGCUGUUACUGGGAGGUUGAGUGGAGAGGAGAUCAUGUGUGUAUAUCAGUGUCAUAUAAGAGCAGCAGCAACAAGGACAAAUAUGACUCUGAUUUUGGAUCUAAUGAUUAUUCCUGGAGUUUGAGCUGUUAUAACUCUGGUUACACAUUUAAACACGAUGACAAAUUUAUUACUCUCCCUGUGAAGCGUAUCAUUUCUAGAGGUAAAGGAGUGUAUUAUGAUGAUGAUUAUAUUAGGGGAACAGUAGUGUUUAGUUAUGUCAGGAGAACAGGAGUGUAUGUGGAUCACAGUGCAGGAACUCUUUCCUUCUACAGCGUCUCCAGAAACUCAAUGAGACACAUCCACACAGUCCAGACCACAUUCACUCAGCCGCUCUAUCCUGGGUUUUAUGUUCAAAUGUCUUCAUCGGUGAGACUGUGUUGAUGAAUUAGAAUAGACUGAUGAGAGAUUCUACCCAUAAUGCUUUGAGCUGCAUGAUAAAUCAGCAACAGUGAGAUGUUGAGUCUCUUCAUGACAUCAAUACUGCAGCUCAACUUCUGUCACUGAAAUAACAAUAAAUGUGUUCGAAACCCUCAUAUAGACAGUAAGAUCAGUAUGUGUUUAAAAUUGUUUUUAUUGUAGUCUUAAUAAUUUGUUUUAUUACUGUCAAAAUGUAAAAAUGUCACAUGAUUCCUGAAGAACAUGUAAUUCAUUUCUCUUUAUUGUCUUUGUACAGAAAUAAUAAAACAUAGUGACAAAUCAA